AUGAGAUUUUUAAAAUCAUUGUUAUUAUUAUUUGUUUUAAUUGGAAGUGGUAAUGCUUCAAGAUCAAUUAAUUUUGAUAGAUUCAAUUUAGAAUUUAAUAGUUGUGGUGGUGAAAAUCAAAAACAACAACAAUUACAAAAUUUAAAAAUUAAUAAAUGUUCAAAAAUUGAUAUUAAAGAUUGUUUAAAUGGUUCAUUUAUGUUAACAAAAAUGGAUGAUGGAUUUGUUGGUACUCAUUACUCUGAUUCAAAAUGUCAAAAUCCAAGUAACAAAUUAUUUUUCACAUGUGAUGGUAAAGAAGGUCAAUUAAUGAAUAAUAGUUUUUUUAAAGUUGCGUGUUUUCAAUCAAAUCAAUUAAAAUUUAAUUAUAAUCAAACCCAAGAAAAAUAUCAUAGUAAAUAUAUUGAAUUGUUAGAGAAAAAUAAAAAUACAAAUAAUAAAAAUGGAAAUAAUUUUAAAUUUACAAUUAUGGAUGAUAAUAUAAUUUCUGAUUUAAAACAAGAGAAAUUUAAUAACCAAUCAAAUUCCAAAUAUAAAAUUACUGAUAAUAAUUAUUUGGAUGAUCAACAAGAACAUGAAAAUACUGAAUUAAAAUCAAAACAAACUUCAAGAAAUAAUAAUAAUUAUAAAAAUAAUAAUAAUAAUAAUAAUAAUAACAAUAAUAAUAAAAAUAAAAAUAAUAAUAAUAAUAUAAAUACUAAUAUUAGAAAUGGUAAAAAUAAUAAUAAUAAUAAUAAAAAUAAUAAUAAUAAUAAUAAUAAUAAUAAUAAUAAAAAUCAAAAUAAUCAAAAUAAUAUUAGAAAUGGUAAAAAUAAAAAUAAUAGUAAUAAUAGUAUUAGAAAUAAACCAAGAAAUAAUCCAGAUGAUAUUUAUUUACCACCUCAACAUUCAUCACAAGGUCCAAGUUAUCAAGAAGAAAGUUAUUCAUUUCAAGAUGUAUCAGGAACUGAAUCUGAAUACAUUCAACAAAUUAAUGAUACAAUUCAAGAACUAAAUACAACAUUUAAUGAAAAUUCAUCAUAUUUCACCGAAACUCCAAUUUUUACUGAAACUCCAAGUGAUACAAUCCCACCAAAUCCAACUGUUUCUCAUGUAAAUCCAACACCAACAGUAACUACAAAUCCUCCAAGUGAAUCAUCAAGUCAAGAAUUAACUGAAACACCCGCUCAAGGAAAUUCUUCAUCAUUUUUAUUUACAAAUAUUUCAUUGAUUUUAACAUUAUUUAUUAUGUCUUUUUUAUUUUAA